AACUGGGGUUGGGUCCCUGGUACUCGGGGUGGGGGAAAUAAGGCCGCUACUCUCUAUCCAAAGCCUUGCUGUCCCCCAGCGCACGCCCACCACGUCACUGCACAGCAUCCCCAAGGCGAAACUCCCUCCGACGUGGGCCUUCCCUUCCUAGCCUGGCGCCCAGAAUGGGUCCUCUUCAGGAAUCUGGUGGCGGAGCGGGAUCAAGCGGGCGGGGAUAUGACAGACCUGACACAGAAUCGGGGCGAGCGUAGACACCUGCCUGGGUGGAGCGGGAUGCGCCCUCACUGACAAAAGGGGCGGAGUCUGGGCCCUUAUAUGUCGGGGGCCACCCGGAGUCUACCUGUCCUGCUGCUCCAGAACACUGUCUCCGCUUUCCUUGCUGUCAUCGCUGUCCGCGCCAACCCCGCCAUGGGUCUGAAGCUCUACCUGGACCUGCUGUCCCAGCCCUGCCGCGCUGUCUUCAUCUUCGCAAAGAAGAACGGCAUCCCCUUCCAGCUGCGCACGGUGCAGUUUCUCAAAGGGCAGAACUGCAGCAAGGAGUUCUUGCAGAUUAACAGCCUGCAGAAGCUGCCUGUGCUCAAAGAUGGUGACUUCAUCUUGACUGAAAGCUCAGCCAUCCUGAUUUACUUGAGCUGUAAGUACCAGGUAGCAGACCAUUGGUACCCAUCUGACCUGCAGACCCGUUCCCAGAUCCAUGAGUACCUGGGCUGGCAUGCAGACAACAUCCGAAACAUCUUUGGGGUGACCCUGUGGAUCCGGGUGCUUGCACCACUUAUUGGGACCCAGGUGCCUGAGGAGAAGGUGAAACGCAACAGGACCUAUAUGGACCAUGCUCUGCAGCAACUGCAGUCCAAGUUCCUGGGGGAUAAGCCCUUCCUUGUGGGACAGCAGGUGUCGCUGGCUGAUCUCAUGUUGCUGGAGGAGCUGAUACAGCCCGUGGCUCUUGGCUAUGAUGUGUUUGUGGGACGGCCACGACUUGCAGCCUGGCGUGGAUGUAUGGAAGCGUCCCUGGGUACUGAGCUGUGGCAGGAGGCCCAUGGCCCCAUCUUCAACAUUCUGGAACAGAUGACCAAAAAAACACUUCCUGUGCCCCCACCAGAGAGCCAAACAAAUAUGCUGUUUCGUAUUUCUAAGAUUCCUUGAGUGAUCUGACUAGAAUAAAGACUCAUU